AUGGAUCAGUGUGAGGACAGAGAGGAGGGAGUCCCUCCCUCUAAAAGCACUCUGUGUGGGGAAGCUGAGAGCCAGAGCCACGCUCAGAGGAUCCAUCAUACGCUAAAAAAAGAACCAGAACCAGAACCCAGCUGUGUGUCCUUUAAGAGCGACUGGUCAAAGGGUGGUCUCAUUAACUUCAAAUCUCCAGGACCUGCAUCCUCAGAGAGAGUGGACCAGCAGAACUCUGAGGUUCCCAGAGGUCCGUCUGCCAAGCAGCAUCAAACCCAGCUGGACUCCAUAUUUAUGCUGCUGGAGGACAACAUUGUCACUUUUGUGAAGAAGGAGCUGAAGAAGUUCCAAAAGGUUCUGAGUCCAGAUGACCCAGACUGCUCAGAGAGUCAGAGAGGUGAUGAGGAGGUGUUGGAAGGUGAGGAUGAAGAGCAGAGGAGAAGCAGCAGAGAGGCACUGAUGAAGAUCACUCUGAACUUCCUGAGGAGGAUGAAGCAGGAGGAGCUGGCUGACCGUCUGCAGAAACAUUUUGCUGCAGUAUCUCAACAAAAACUUAAAUCUGGUCUGAAGAAGAAGUUCCAGGUUGUGUUUGAGGGGAUCGCUAAAGCAGGAAGUCCAACCCUUCUGAACCAGAUCUACACAGAGCUCUACAUCACAGAGGGAGGGACUGGAGAGGUCAAUGAGGAACAUGAGGUCAGACAGAUUGAAACAGCAUCCAGGAAACCACACAGACCAGAAACAACCAUCAGACAAGAAGACAUCUUUAAAGUCCCACCUGGAAGAGAUCAACCAAUCAGAACAGUGAUGACAAAGGGAGUGGCUGGCAUUGGGAAAACAGUCUUAACCCAGAAGUUCACUCUGGACUGGGCUGAAGACAAAGCCCACCAGAACAUCCACUUCAUAUUUCCAUUCACCUUCAGAGAGCUGAAUGUGCUGAAAGAGAAAAAUUUCAGCUUGGUGGACCUUGUUCAUCACUUCUUUACUGAAACCAAAGAAAUCUGCAGCUUUGAACACUUCCAGGUUCUGUUCAUCUUUGAUGGUCUGGAUGAGAGUCGACUUCUUUUGGACUUCCAGAACCAGGAGAUCCUGACUGAUGCUACAGAGUCCACCUCAGUGGAUGUUCUGCUGACACACCUCAUCAAGGGAAAACUGCUUCCCUCUGCUCGCCUCUGGAUAACCACACGACCAGCAGCAGCCAAUCAGAUCCCUCCUGAGUGUGUUGGCAUGGUGACAGAGGUCAGAGGGUUCACUGACCCACAGAAGGAGGAGUACUUCAGGAAGAGAUUCAGAGAUGAGGAGCAGGCCAGGAGGAUCAUCUCCCACAUGAAGACAUCAAGAAGCCUCCACAUCAUGUGCCACAUCCCAGUCUUCUGCUGGAUCACUGCUACGGUUCUGGAGGACGUGUUGGAGACCAGAGAGGGAGGAGAGCUGCCCAGCACCCUGACUGAGAUGUACAUCCACUUCCUGGUGGUUCACACCAAAGUGAAGAAGGUCAAGUAUGAUGGAGGAGCUGAAACAGAUCAACUCUGGAGUCCAGAGAGCAGGAAGAUGAUCAAGUCUCUGGGAAAACUGGCUUUUGAUAAUCUGCAGAAAGGAAACCUGAUCUUCUAUGAAUCAGACCUGACAGAGUGUGGCAUUGAUAUCAGAGCAGCCUCAGUGUACUCAGGAGUGUUCACACAGAUCUUUAGAGAGGAGAGAGGGCUGUACCAGGACAAGGUGUUCUGCUUCGUCCAUCUGAGUGUUCAGGAGUUUCUGGCUGCUCUUCGUAUUCAUCGGACUUUCAUCAACUUUGGCUUCAACCUGAUGGAAGAAACAGAAAGAUCUAAGAGGUCUUCAUUAUCCAAGAAGACUAAACUAAGCUCUCUUCAUAAAAGUGCAAUUGACAAGGCCUUACAGAGUCCAAAUGGACACCUGGACUUGUUCCUCCGGUUCCUCCUUGGACUUUCACUGCAGACCAAUCAGAGACUCCUACAGGGUCUGCUGAUACACACAGGAAGUAGCUCACAGACCAACCAGGAAACAGUUCAGUACAUCAAGGAGAAGAUCAGUGAGAAUGUGUCUGCAGAGAAAAGCAUCAAUCUGUUCCACUGUCUGAAUGAACUGAAUGAUCGUUCUCUGGUCCAGGAGAUCCAACAGUCUCUGAGAUCAGGAAGUCUCUCCACAGAUAAACUGUCUCCUGCUCAGUGGUCAGCUCUGAUCUUCAUCUUAGUGUCAUCAGCAGAAGAUCUGGAUGUGUUUGACCUGAAGAAAUACUCUGCUUCAGAGGAGGUUCUCCUGAGGCUGCUGCCAGUGGUUAAAGCCUCCAACAAAGCUCUACUGAGUGGCUGUAACCUCUCAGAGAGAAGCUGUGAAGCUCUGUCCUCAGUUCUCAGCUCCCAGUCCUCCAGUCUCAGAGAACUGGACCUGAGUAACAACAACCUGCAGAAUUCAGGAGUUGAGCUUCUCUCUGCUGGACUGGAGAGUCCAAACUGCAGACUAGAAACUCUCAGCUUGUCAGGCUGUCUGGUCUCAGAGGAAGGCUGUGCUUCUCUGGUCUCAGCUUUGAGCUCCAACCCCUCCCAUCUGAAACAGUUGGACCUGAGCUACAAUCAUCCAGGAGACUCAGGAGUGAAGCUGCUGUCAUCUGGACUGAAGGAUCCACACUGGAGACUGGAAACGCUCAAGGUGGAGCCUGCUGGAGUCCGAUGGUUGACACCAGGUCUGAGGAAGUAUUCCUGUCAACUCACAAUCGACACAAACACAGUGAACAAAUAUCUCAAACUGUCUGAAGACAACGGGAAGGUGACACAUGUGAAGGAGCUUCAGUCAUAUCCUGAUCAUCCAGACAGAUUUGAUUACUGGCCUCAGCUGCUGUGUAGAGAUGGUCUGACUGGUCGCUGUUACUGGGAGGUUGAGUGGAGAGGAAAAGUUGGUAUAUCAAUGAGCUACAGAAGAAUCCAGAGGAGAGGAGACAUUAGAGACAUUUUGUUUGGAAGGAAUGAUCAGUCCUGGAGUCUGAGAUGUUCUGAUUUCAAUUGUUACUCUGUCUGGCACAAUGACAGAGAAUUACAAAUCUCCUCCUCUUUCUAUGGCUCCUCCACCUCCUCUUGCUCCUCACCUGUCUCUAACAGAGUAGCAGUGUAUGUUGACUAUGCAGCUGGUAUUCUGUCCUUCUACAGAGUCUCCUCUGACUCACUGAUCCACCUCCACACCAUCAACACCACAUUCACUGAACCUCUGCAUCCUGGCUUUGGGUUCAGGUGGUCCAGUUCUGGUUCCUCAGUGAUUUUGUGCUGAGGUGAUUCUAAAGAGUCUCCUCCUCUCAGAGUCAGCACAUCAGUCUCUUUCACUCAGAAACAAGUUUUCAGAUUCAUGGAUUCAAGCUCUUUCUUUCUGAAUUUUUUUUAAAUGAUUCCUUUGAAACUUCUUGCACUUCCUCAUUGAAUACUUUAAAGAUGGAAAAUGAGGUUAUUCCAUGAUCCACAUGUGUUUUUCUGUCUGUUUCAGACAGGAAAAGUGUCAAAGCUUCACACUGAAUAUCAGGGCCUUUAUUCAUGGAGAUCCUCAGAGUCCUCUCAGAGGGCUGCCAUCCAAGCUUAAAAAAUCUUGAAUACCUGAACAUUAGGAGCCUAGUGUCAACGUCUGAUCAGCUGACUCUAACAAACUCUAAGUCAGACUUCUUGUGAUCAUCAGAAAUGUGGCUUCAGCCAUCAACUCCUGCUAACAUCUUUAUUAUUCCUGAAUACCAGUGUUUCAGACGAGACAGACCUGAGGGCAGGAGUGGUGGGGUAUUGGUCUAUAUUGAAAUGGCAAACAGUCUUGAAUAUGUUGCUUUAAAAUUGAUUCUGUCACCACAAAUGUCCUUUUUAAUUAUAGAACUUAAUAGACCUCCAACUGCAAAGGACACUUUUGUUGAUCAUCUUAAUCUCAUCUUAAAGUAAUGCAGCAGUAAAGAAGUCAUCCAUUUAGGCGACAUUAACCAAAACUGGGAAGAUCGGGGAAAAGAAGAAAAAACUUAAAACCAUAACUGACACAUAUAGGUUUCAGAAAUGAAUAAAAGGUACAACUAGGAUAACAAAAUCCUCCAGCACACAAAUUUAUCAAUUUUUUUCAAACAUGCCUGAAAGGGUCACUAAAAAAUAACAUCUCAUCACUGGUCUAUCUUAUCAUAAUUUAACUGUUUUGGCAAGGAAAUUAACUUCUAAAUAGUUUAAAUAUAUCUCAAAUCAGAAUAACCUUUUUUUAUUCUUCAAUGUAAUAAGGAAUUAUUUGAUCAGCAAAUAAAUAAUAUCGACUGGGAUGAUAUAUUAUCCUCUGAUCAUUUGGAGUGUGCUCGUGAUAUAUUAAAGAAUUAUUUUUGUUCUUUGACAAUGUAUUUUGGGAAAAACU